AUGGUGCUAUGGAAGUCGGACCACCCAGAUCUUCAUAUACCCACCUCGCUAACAACAUGGCAAUGGGUCUUCGAAAGCAAGGAGUUCUCGCCAGUCUUGUGCUCAUCAAAAGCUGAGCUUGGAUACUAUGAGAACGCGGUCUCAAAAGAACGCCUCGAUUAUGCUCAGGUGAAGGAUCUAGCAACGAAACUCAGCACGGCUCUGAUUCAUGACUAUGGCUUCAAGGUCGGAGAUACCGUGUCGAUUCUGGCCUCGAACACUGUCUGGUAUCCGAUCGCCUUAUGGGCGACCAUCCGCGGAGGUGGUUGCAUCAAUGGUGCCUCACCUGCGUACAAUGUCGAGGAAAUGACCCAUGCGCUGAAGACCGCCAGAACAAAGUUUCUAUUCACACUCCCAGGAUCGUUGGAAACAGCUCUAGCAGCGGCGAGGAAUGUUGGAAUGCCUGCAUCUUACAUCUUUCUCCUGGAAGGCAACAACGCUGGCCAUAAGACAAUCAAACAGCUCAUCGAUCUUGGUUCAAAGUCGAAGCCUCAUGCUCCCUAUAGCAUUCCAUCCGGCAAGACCAACAUAGAGGUAUGCGGCUACCUCAACUUCUCUAGCGGCACAACAGGUCUUCCCAAAGCAGUCAUGCUCUCCCAUCACAACAUUAUAGCUCAAUGCCAUCAACUUCGUCAACUCCAGGUCGUCGAACCAGGAGAUCAAUAUCGGAUCCUAGCCGUCACACCAUUAUUCCACAUUACCGGCUUGGUCCGCUACAUACACUACCCGAUCUUCAUGAAUGGCAAUUCUAUAAUGCUGCCCUCCUUUCAGAUGGAAACGAUGCUGAAGACCAUCAUCACUUACCGGAUACCGGAGCUGAUAUUAGUCCCUCCUAUCAUAAUCCGCAUAGUUCGAGACCCUAUCGUAUCAAAGUACCUCCCCGAUCUGCAACGAGUCGUUCACCGGUGGUCGUCAGGCUCGGCGCCGACUCCACCAGAAGUCAUCUCACUGCUGCAUCAAAAGUUUCCUGACACUGGCUUUCGUCAAGGCUACGGAGCAACAGAGUCCACGGCCUGCAUAUCAUGCCACCCACCGUCUCACUACGACUAUAAGUAUGCCACCACAGCCGGGAAGCUAUGUGCGAACACAGUCGCAAAAGUUAUAUCGUUGGACGACAACCGGAAAGAACUGGGAAUAGGACAGGCUGGUGAGAUAUGUGCUCGAGGGCCGCAGAUCGCAAUGGGAUAUCUCGACAAUCCAGCCGCCACCAGGGAGACCUUCGAUGCAGACGGCUUCUUUCACACGGGCGAUGUCGGAUACAUAGAUUCCGAAGGGUUGAUUCAUAUAUCAGACCGGAUCAAGGAGAUGAUAAAAGUCAGAGGUCAACAGGUCGCUCCAGCAGAACUCGAGGACUGUUUACUUUCUCAUCCGAAGGUGGAAGACUGUGCCGUUCUGGGGAUACCAGACGAUUAUUCUGGAGAGAAGCCGAAAGCAUACGUUGUUCUGGGGAGUGGGGCAGUGGCCGGCAUCGCUUUGGGCAUGGAGUUGUUGAGGUUCGUGGGUGAGAGAAAGAGCAGGUAUAAAUGGAUCAAAGAGAUUGAGUUCUGCGAGAGUGUGCCAAAGAGUCCGACCGGAAAGUUGCUUAGACGGGUACUGAAGGCGGCUGAUCGUGAUGUCAAAAGAAAGAGAGGGUUGGUGAUCAGAGAUGAUAGGACGAAGGCCAAGUUGUAG